CCCACCUUGUUCGACUCGGUUUAGCGUGCACCGCUCAGCAGCUGUCAGCCAAUAACAUCAAAACAAAAACCUUUUUUUCUGGUUGGCCGGUUGUGAUUGAGCAGGAACAUCAACCCGCAGGAAAUCGCAAGUUUGCAAGCGGUUCUACCGGUGAUCCUUGCCGUGGCCACCUAAAACGAAGUGGCACGUGUUGCCCUCUGCGAACACCUGAACUUGCCAUCACUCCACGUCCCGAUCAUCCUAAAUGCCGACUCGUCCAAACGUUUGCCGCUUAAGGGAUCGAAAGCCGCUACAAAACGGUACCCGCUGGUUCUCGGCAUGUGGGAUCUGCUCUACACACUGUGCGGUCAUCUCGAAGGGCAUCGGCGUCGGUCCACGUAAACCCGGCCUCCACCCGUACGCAACCUUCAGCAGCAACUCCGUCUUCCUGUGCUUCUACAAUCGCAGCUACAAAACCCCGCCGAGAAGUGGAAAAUCGCCAAAAGGUUUUUUCAACUGCUAUACGCCUUCUUCCGGAACUGUAUCCCCUCCCUAUCAGACUUCCCUUCACCGACCAUUGCCCGCGAAGAAUACUUCCGCCCGGAUUCCACAUUCUACUCCAGGUCAACACCAAGUCCGACUUUCUACGUCUCCUCCUGCACAUCAUCGACGAGUCGUCUACCCCGUUCGACAGCUACACGCCCUUCCCAGGCCGGAAGAACCUGGAGGCCAGAAUACGGACUUGCUAAAGUGCGUCGCAAUCGAGUUGAAGCUAACCUCCGACAGAAAUCAGGUCGUCUAGAAUGCGCGAAAUCAAGUCCAACACUUCGUCGU